AUGACUAAGAUAAAAAUAUUGGCUCCUCUAAAUCUUGUUAGACAAUAUGCUUUAGGAAGCAGAGGAAAAAUAACUUUGACGAAGAAGCUCUUAUUCUCUCUUGAAAGAAAGAAUAAAGAAGGGUUCAAUAAAGAUAGGAAGGGUGAGUAUGACUGUACAAAGAAGAAACUUGAUAAAAAAAAGGAUGGAAUAAAAAAUUGUGAAAGCGAAAGUAGUGCUUCCAAAAAAGACAGUGAUGCUUCUAGAAAAAACAGUGAUGCUUCCAAAAAAGACAGUGAUGCUUCUAGAAAAAACAGUGAUGCUUCCAAAAAAAACAGUGAUGCUUCUAGAAAAAACAGUGAUGCUUCUAGAAAAAACAGUGAUGCUUCUAGAAAAAACAGUGAUUCUUUCAAAAAAACAGUGGCCGAUUUGGCAAACAAAUUUAAGGAAAAGAGCGCACCAAACAUGCUUACCAAUUUAGUGAUUACAAUUUUGAAAGAAAGUUCCUCUGAGCUGUCAGAGAAAGAGAAAAAAAUGGCGAUAGAUAAAUAUAAAGAAAUUGCAUGUGAAUAUUUACAAAGGGGGGGGUACUUAAAUAGUAGAGAUAAAAAAAAUGAUAUAAAAUUUGUGGACAUUUUUGCGACCUUGUAUUUAUGUUACAGAGAAAAAAUAUUCGAUUUAGAUUUCUUAACAAAAGUAAAUGAAGCAUUUGAAAUAUUGCUUAAAAAUCGAAAUGAGAAGGAAAUAUUAAAUGAUGUUACUAUAAAUUAUUGGAUGAUCAUGUUUUAUUAUUUUUCCUUUUUAAAUAUGAAAAAUAUGACUAUGUGUAACAAAAUAAGAGAUUUUAUUAUGAACAAUGAGGUGAAACCUUUGGUUAUUUACAAAUAUUUAGAAUGUCUAAGCCUUUUAUCGGUAUCCAAUGAUAGAAAAUGUAAGCAGGAUACUUUUAACCAUAUUAUUACCAUAAUACAAAUUUUUUAUGAAAAUUUUUACAAUUUCAACAACUACUUGGUAUUGCACAUUUUGUACUUUCUGCACAAUCUGAAUUUUGCAAACAAAGACAUAUUUCUUUUUUUAACAAAAAAAAUCAAUAAGAAUGUUUAUAACGAAAAUGCAAAUAGAUUUGAACUAUGCAUGUUGGCAAGAAUCUACGCAUUGUACAAAAUCGAAAAUAUCACAUUCAUUAAUUAUGUGUGUGAAGAUUUGAUAAGAAGUUUGACUAAGUAUGAAGACGAUUUUCAGAAUUAUGCACUUGAUGAGAAUUUCGAUUCGCAAGGGGAUCAGAAUAAGUUGGAGGAUCCAGAACUAGAAAUGCAAAUAUCUGGCAGAACAGCUAGUGGCACCGAUGCGACUGGCAGAACAGCUAGUGGCACCGAUACGAUUGGUAGAACAGCUAGUGGCACCGAUGCGACUGGUAAAACAGAAAAGAACAUGGAAAUUCGCACAACAGACGAUGAUACGAACAUUUGUGAACAAAGGGGAGAUUCGAAAUGGAAGAGAGAUCACCCAUCGCAGAAUGAUGGAGUAUACACACUCGAAAUUGAAAAUAUCAAUCGACAGAAUUAUGCCAUAUUUAAGCAUAAUUUGUACAAUGACGGUUUGAGUUUUUACUCCUUUUUUGCUAACUGCAAAACUACAAAUAGGAAAAGAUUUAUGGAGAAAGAAAACAGCUUGAAUAUGAUUUUUGUUAAGACUGAAAAUAAGGAGAAAUCAUGUGAGAAUGUGAAUACUUCUGUGUCAGAAUGGCACAAGCUGUUUGUUUACGAUGAACAUAAAGAGAAAGAUAUAAAAAAUGAACAAUUCGUGGAGUUGGAAGACACAGAAAAAAAAAAAAAAAAUGAUGAUGAUGAUGAUGACCAAAUAAUCGAUAAAUACAAUAAAUUUUUAAAAGAAAACUUGCAUUACGAAUUUGAUCAUAACGAACUGAUAGAACUGUUUAAAAAUGCAAGCGAACAUAUGGACAAUACAAAAAUUGACUUUAUUAUUUCUAAUGUGGAAAGAGCUAGUGAUAUAUAUGAUGAAAGGGUAAAUGAGUAUAAAAAAAAACUUCUUUUUAUUGAGAAUUAUUAUAUAGGCCACAUAUUCCACAUUGUAGAUUCUUUAUUAUCUUUGAAGGUACAUCACAAUUAUGCUAAUUUUAAAAAAUUAGAAAAUAAAAUUUUAAACCUUGUAAAAAAUAAUGAAAAUUAUAUAAUUGACAACUUUGACAGUAACGAAAUUAAAAGUCUCAUAAUUUUUUUAUCACAUGCGAAUAGACAUUAUAAAGAAGCAUUUAUAUAUUGCCUUACUCACCGAAUGGUGGAUUUGUACAUGAACAAUUUGUGUAAAUCUAACGUAUUGUCCAUAUUUCUAUACAAUUUAUUAAAUUUUACAAAAAAAAAGGUUGUUAAAAAAAACAAAUUUAACCAUACCAUUAGAAAUGUAUUAUAUGAUAGCUAUUCCUGGUUAAAUGAUAACAAGUACGAAUUUCAAAAGUCUGUUGAUAUCUCUACGCACAAUUCAAAACAGACAGAAAAAUCUAACACACAUUGUGUUAUCAAAGCAAAAAAUCACACCCUUUUACAGCUUUUGUCUAUGCAUGUAUGUAAAAAUGUCUAUUUUAUGAGUCUUUCAACCUUAGCUUCUAUACUAAGAUCAAUAUCAUACUUGUCUUUUAGGGAAGCCAAUUUUUUCAAUGUCUUCAUACCCUUAUUUAUGAAGCACAUUGCUGAUCUUAAGAAUGUCGACAUUUUGAAUAUAACUCAGGCCUAUAACAAACAAAAAAUCCAAAACAAGUACUUUUAUUACUUGCUCGGGAAGCAAUACCAAAGCAACAAUGUGGGAGAAAAAAAAAAUUCAAGUCCGAAAAUUACCUUAAUUGGCUAG